AUGUUCACCUCCGCACUCAAGUCUUUCAGCUCCAAUAUCUCCGCCAAUUACCAGAUCACACCCCACCCUACGAUCUACUCGGGCCCCUGGAAAGUUCACGAUGCCAAGAAGAAGUCGACGGGGACCGCGGCUUCGGUCUUUAUCUUUGAUCGCAAGAUUCUCGAGCCACGAUCAGGCGGAUUCGGCUCUCGGGCAGGAUCCUCCACUAAAAAACUACAAGAAGAUGUGAUUGAACGACUUAAGCGCGAGGCGAGCAGUCUAGCUCGACUACGACAUCCUUCGAUUCUACAGGUACUGGAACCGGUGGAAGAAACACGUAGCGGUGGUCUUAUGUUCGCAACAGAACCGCUCACUGCAUCGCUUUCUGGUCUGCUAUCAGAGAAAAGUGGCCAAGAGAGCGCGCAGAGCGGGGGUGCCCGAUCCAGUCGAUAUGCGGUUGAAGAGGCAGAUGGGAGUCGGAGAAGGCGAGACGUGGAAAUUGAUGAGCUGGAGAUCCAAAAGGGUCUUUUGCAGGUAGCCAAGGGCUUAGAGUUCCUCCAUGAAUCUGCAGGCCUAGUUCAUGGUAAUCUCAACCCGGAUGCUAUUUACAUCAAUGCCAAAUCUGACUGGAAGAUCUCUGGCUUGGGGUUUGCAGGCCCACCGGACUCCUCAGAGACCAAGUCUACUCUCCCACCAUUGGCUGUAUCAGAGGUUCUCUACCAGGACCCAAGACUUCCGUCUUCAGUUCAACUGAAUAUGGAUUACACCUCUCCUGAUUUUGCUAUGGACUCCAACGUCUCGUCUUCUGCGGACUUGUUCUCCCUGGGUCUCAUUAUCAUUGCACUCUAUAACUCACCACACGUCUCACCGAUACAGGCACAUGCCAAUGCCUCGACUUACAAGAAGCUCUUAAGCUCUUCAUCUACCACCCCAUCACAAAGCAACAACUUCCUUUGCUCAAACCCUAUUCCCCGAGAUGUUCUAUCUCAUGUUUUGCCCCGACUGAUCACGCGGAGACCUGCCCAACGCAUGAAUGUGCGCGAGUUCCAAGAAUCCCAAUAUUUUGAUAACGUCCUUGUAUCCACGAUCCGAUUUUUAGAGUCCUUGCCAGCAAAGAACUCGAAUGAAAAGUCACAAUUCUUACGUGGGCUUCAACGGGUGCUUCCCGAAUUUCCUGUCUCGGUUCUGGAAAGGAAAUUACUGGGCGCACUCUUGGAUGAAAUGAAGGAUCGGGAACUUCUCCCUCUAAUCCUACAGAAUGUAUUUGGAAUUCUCCAGCGAAUUCCUAAUGGACGGCGCACUUUCCCUGAAAAGGUCAUUCCUCGCUUGAAAGAAGUAUUUGGAACGAUGACAUCGGCACCAUCAAAGGCGGCACCCGCCGAGCGUGAUUCGAAGAAGGAGGCCGGUCUGAUGGUAGUGUUGGAAAAUAUGAAGCUGGUGGCGGAAAAUUGCUCUGGGAUGGAAUUCAAAGAUGAUAUUCUGCCAUUGAUACGACUUGGACUCGACUCACCAACACACUCUCUGGUGGAUGCUGCCAUAAAAACUUUGCCUGCGUUUCUUCCUGUUCUCGACUUCAGUACAGUGAAGAAUGAAGUGUUCCCUCCGAUCGCCACUACUUUCAGCCGCACCAGUAGCCUGGCAAUUAAGGUCCGUAGCCUGGAAGCAUUCUGCGUGCUUUGUGGAGGGUCUGCUGGUGAGGCUACUAUUGAAAAUGAUUUGUCUGGCACAGUACAGACACCAAAGACCACCAAGUCCUCUAUCUUGGACAAAUACACUAUUCAAGAGAAACUUGUCCCAUCACUAAAGGCGAUCAAGACGAAAGAACCUUCAGUCAUGAUGGCCGCACUGAAGGUGUUCCGAGAAGUUGGGAAGAUAGUUGACACUGACUUCCUUGCCCUUGAGCUGCUUCCUGUUCUCUGGAGCUUCAGCUUGGGCCCUCUUCUAAAUCUUCAACAAUUUAAUGAAUUUAUGACUCUGAUUAAGUCUUUGUCAACCAAAAUUGAGAAGGAGCAGACAAGAAAGUUGCAGGAGCUUUCUUCUGGCGGUGACUCUGGCGGUUUCCAAAAUGGAACGAAUGGAUUCUCCAAGUCGGCGACAGAUCUUACAACAUCGGAUACAGACAAUGCAAGGACUAACUUUGAGCGGCUUGUGCUUGGAAAAAGUGCGGCCCCUGCUGCUGGCAACGACAUGGAUAUGUGGGGUAACAUGGAAUCAGAGCCAGCUGCGUCCAAGCGACCCAGCAUCUCGCCCGCAUUUUCGUGGUCUACAAACAAUGGCACGGCACCAAAAUCAGCGAGCUCAUCUGUUCAACAGAACUUCCGUUCUAUCACUCCGGAUCAGAAGCUGAGUUCAUUUCCGUCUCUCCAGCCUGCAAGGCAACCAUCGCCUGCAGCGGUGGCACCAUCUUUCACAACCAUGCAGCCUCUACAACCUACUUCCACAUGGGGCUCUCAACCUCAAGGAGGCUUUCAAACAAGUCCAUCAUUAUCAUCCCUUUCAAAUAUGGCUACCGCUACCACCGGCUCUCUAGCACCCAGAGUGACAUCUCAGCAGACGCCAAAUUACUCUUCCUUUUCGAUCCCACCCCCACCUGGAGGCAUGGCCUCAAACACCACCAUGAGAUCCCCGUUGAACAUGAAUAUCACGCCCAUGUCUUUCUCAAAUCAGCCCUAUGUUCAGCCUCAGCCAUCAUCACAGAAGCAAGGACUGGAUAAAUAUGAGAGCUUACUAUGA